UUUGACUGGGGUUGGGUCUUGUAGAGUUACAAAAUUAGCCCAACUAACCCCAGUAAAUGAAAUGGCUGCUGGAGACUUCAUCCUCGGCUUUCUAGCAGGAUGCGCGGCCAUCAUCGUCGUGCUGGCCUUGGUGGCCUUUUCUUUCAUCAGAUCUGGUGACAUCUAUGGCCUCGGUCACUGGAAGCUGAAUGCGAAGGCGCCGUUUCCAUCCAUGUGGAUGAACUUGGGAUACUGGACAAGAGAUGACGGCACCCCUAUCCAACACCUCGACGAGGCUGCGCGCAACAUGCUCGCCAACAUCUUGAAAGCCGCCGGCCUUGCAUCCAACAACACCACCACCCAAAACGCAGUUGCCGUCCUCGACGUGGGCUUCGGAUGCGGCGACCAGACCGUCGCCCUUGCAGAGCUCAUCCAGGCCCCAUCACGGCCGCACUUCCGCUACGUCGGACUAACUCUGAACGAGGUGCAGCAGCAAGCGGCGCAGCAGAGACUCGACGCCUCCCUGCUGGCAAUGGACAAGAGCGCUGCUGACAAUCUGUCGUUCAAGCUCUUCCAGGCAGAUGCGGCAAAGCCCCAGUCCUGGAACAAGGCAAUCCGCACCGCCGUCGACAGUCUAUCAGACACGGCCUUCUCCGAGCGCUGGCUCCUGGGCCUGGACUGCCUCUACCACUUUUCGCCGUCCAGAAAGCCCAUCUUCAAGCACGCGGCCCAGCACAUGGACGCAAACGUCAUGGCCUUUGACCUUGUGCUCAGCGACGACGCAUCCGCAUGGCAGACCCUGGCAGUCAGGCUGCUGGGCUUCGUCCUGCUCUGUCCGUGGCGGACCUUCUUGACAGAGGGCCAGUACCGCCAGCAGCUGGUCGAAUGUGGCUACGACGACGGAGGGCACAUUGAGAUCAGGGAUGUUUCGGACCAUGUGUUUGCUGGCCUGGCGGGCUUUUUGCAGAGGCAGCACGCGGCGCUGAGUCCGUACGGGAUAUCGUUGACGGGGUAUACCGCGGUUGGGAAGGUGUAUAGCUGGCUGCACCGGACGAGAGUUUUGAAGGCUGCGAUUGUUGUUGCGCGGAAGAAGAGCAAAAGCCAAUAGAGCAGGGCAGUUGUGUACAUAUAGGGAAA